UCAAGCUCUGGAUGGGAGAGGGAGGAUGCUAGAAAGCUGCAGGCUGACACACAUGUUCAAAACUCCAGAGGUGCUUUGUCCUUCAGCACUGAAAGACUUGCAAGACUAUUUGAAGUUAUAUAGAAAGCAGACCAUUUUUUAGGUUGCACAGGUGCAUUUGCAUUUUGCUCACAUGGAAUAACAUCCACUCUGGCUGAAACCUGAAGUCUUUGCUUUUUGUUCACCGAUUUUUAAUAUGUGGAAGUAAGACAUUUUGGGACUUUUGGGGCUUUCUUCUGUCUUUGCAAAACCGGAACAUGUUUGCUGGCGCCUCAAAGUGACCUUGCUGACUACCCUUGUUGUUCCUGGACACUUGCUUUGUGGUGAGAAGGGGAAGAGGACUGCCAUACUGUUGAACAUCAUCAAACUAGAGCACAACUUGUUUGAGUGAAGAAUCAUGAAAGAUAACUAUGGCGGAUACGAAAACCAGCUUUUCAAAGAGGAGGAUUUUACUGGAGAGGAGGAAAUGCCUUCAUUUAGAGGUCGAAGCAGAGGCGGCUGCAUGAGGUGCCAGCAGAGCCACUCCCUCCAGCUGGCGGUCAAAGUCCUCUAUGGAUUUGUUGCAUUCCUCAUUAUUACUGUGGCAGUGCUGGCGACGCUCGUGUUCAGGAAGGUUGGCAACCUGUCUGAAGAGGAGUCUGUCUACCACACAAAGAUCAGCCGAGUUCAACAAGGAAUAGACGAUCUGAGCUCCACCUCCAACUGUUCAGGCUGUCUGGAUGUGACUCUGUACAGCGAGGAGAUCAGCAGGCUGAAGAGGGAGUUUGAGGACAUCCAGAGAAUGAUUCUGGGACAGGAGCAGGUACUGGACCAGGCCUCCCAGACCCAGGCCACCCUCAAGACCACCAGCAGCCGGCUGUCACGCGACACGCAAAACCACCUCAUGUCAAUCAAACUUCUAAACCAGUCGCUGGAAAGAUACUUGGAUCGGGUGGAAGGCUGGAAGGACGUGAUCGAGGAAACAGAAGAGAACAUGAAGACGCUGGUGGAGGAUCAGUACGACAUCAGAGCUAUUGCACAGCAGGUCAACACGACAGUGGCUCUCAGUACAAUGUGGAUAGAUGCUCUGCAGAGGAAAGCGGAUGAGGAGACUCUGGUCCUUCAGAAGUUGACCACCGACUGGCAGAACUACAGCCGAGUUCUGAGCGCCAUCAAAUCCAACACCAGCAGCACCACACAAACGAUGCGCAUGCUCCAAAACAACAUCGUACUAGAUCACCAGAGAAUCGACAUGUCCACUGAGGUGUACUACGACCUUACCCAGCAGGUGAUGAACCUGCAGAUGCAACUUGACAAUGUGACGUCUUUCAUGGACGAACAUGAAGAGAACAUGCACGACCUUCACUACCAUUCCAGGUACUACGAGAACCGGACAGGUGAGCGUUUCUCUGCUUUGGAUAGUCGUCUGAACUCCAUCUCCAUGGAGAUCGAAACGAUCUCUUCCAGCAUCAACGCCACCGUCAGCCACGUCCAGAGCAUGUACAAGUACAUCAACAUCGAGAGCUCGUCCUGCCAGGGUCGCAUGGGCCGACACACUGAAGAUCUACAGAACCUGAACAACACGGUCUUGUUUCUCCUCCACUUGGCCGACACCCUGAGACAGCAAAACAUGUUGCUGAACGUCCAGCUGGAUGUGGACAUCAGGAACGUGUCCAUGGUGAUGGAGGAGUUGAAGCUUGUGGAUGUUCACCAUAUCCAGCUCAUAAAGAACUUCACUAUCCUAAAAGGGGCUCCUGGACCACCCGGGACCAAAGGGAACCGGGGCGAGACUGGCUACAAAGGAACUGUUGGACUGACUGGGAGCAAGGGUGACCGAGGCCCUAUAGGAGGUCGUGGAACCUCUGGAGAGAAGGGUUUGCUUGGGCCCAAAGGAGGACCAGGGGAAUCAGGACCCAGUGGCAAUAGAGGGGCAGUGGGAAUCAAAGGUGCUAAAGGGUAUCUUGGCCCGCCAGGACCACGGGGUGAGAGGGGCCAGAAAGGUGACAGUGGCUUCCCUGGUGCAGAAGGCACUUCAGGGCCUCCAGGGCCUCCAGGGAUCCAGGGUCAGGGAGGACUACCGGGCCUCAUUGGGCUACCAGGAGCAAGGGGAAAACCCGGGCCAGCGGGGCCACAUGGACCACCAGGAACCCCUGGACCUCCGGGCUUGUCUUACCCCCAUGCACGAAUCAACACCCAGCAGCGGACCGUGACACCGGCUACUGUGUCCAAGAGACAGUAGAAGAACAGGACAAAGACGUGGACUCAGAGGGGAUUGGUCCAGGUCCAAGAAGAAUAUUUGACAGAUAAAAGAAUAUCACUCAUUGUGACUGGAGAUGCAAUAAUCCAUUCGGAUGAAGUUAUGCAAGACAAUUGAGAACUUCACGAACAAAUGUGACUGAUCUCACUCCAGAUGGGUCUUUUAUGACAUCGCCACAUGAAAUGAACGAAGAGGAAGAUCUAGAAAAUAGAACAGAGAGCUGAACUAUUGUUGAGAAGUGAAAUGGCCCGUGUUUGUACAGAAUAUGAAUAUUGUGGUAUGUUGGAGAGAACUGGUUCAUUCAACACAUGGGUCCCAUUAUUACUUGUCAUGGCUCUCUUCUUGUACAUCAUAGCCAAAGAAAACCCAAAGACAAAAGCUCUGUCCAUAUAUAAAUGUCAUUCUAUGAGAUUUUACCAGGAUCGAAAAUGUUAGAUAAUCAAAUUACAGGAAUACAAAUUUAAAAACACAUCCAUUAGUCGUCUCGUUGAAUGCACUUAAAGCAAAGGACAUUUUUUAGGUUGUUGUCAAGCCACCGAAACCUCAUGGGGCAUGACAAAUGAGAGAGCUGUUAACCACGGAUUGAGACUAAGGAAGUGGUAUCUCCCGUUAACUCAAACUACAUUCCCAUUCACUAAUUCACCUCCUCUACACACUCACACAUCCUUUUCUGAUGGAUGGCACUUCAUUAGUGUGAGUCAGUUUUCUUCUCUUUUAGCCUUCCAGAGCAGGUUCUCUGAAGACAUGUCUUUCAUCUUCUGGGCAAAGCUGUCAUUUUAUGAUCCGCGUUUGAAGAAGUACAUUUACAGAAAUCAUGGCCCUCUGAAUUUCUACUCUGAAGACCUUCGUUUUACAUUUCAUGCAAGAUUUGCUUUUAUUGUUGCUAUAUGAAUGAAGAAAGUACUGUAACUCUUGUUGACAUGUUUGUGAAAAGGUUUUUAAAAUUCACUCAUUUGCCUUCUCUGUGAAAUUUUGAUGAGAAGAUUGAUACCACUCUCAUGCGUUAGCUUAAAAAUAGCUUGUAAAUUAGCGAUUUGUCAAACAAUCCAAUCAUAGACGUCAUCAAAUUCCAUUUUAAGUCUCAAGUUACAAAUCUUUUAAACGUGGGGUUCGUACAUAGACUUGUUUUUGGAGCCCGCCUCGAGUGGCCAUUUGAAGAACUGCAGUUUUUGGUAUUUCCACUUUGGCUUCAUUACUUAGCAAAUCUGACUGCAAAGAAUGACAGGCACACGAAAUCCAGGUAUAUAUAUAUCCAGAUAUCCACGGAAACCCCGAAAUAUUGGCAAGAAGCUAAAUUUCAGUCAGAUCCAGCGAGAUUGCAGCUAGCUCACUAAUUAUAACAACUUUUGUUUGUAUAAUUCCGCCACAAACAGAAAUGUUCAAUCAUUAAUGGAGUUGGCUGUAGCUCAUGGGGAGAGUAGUCGUCCUGUUCGUCCCGUAACCACAAGGUACCCGGUUCGACUCCUGCUCUCUCCAUGCAUGUCAAAGUGCCCUUGAGCAAGACACUGAACUCCCAGUUGCUCCCCAGGUGCUUUACCUAUAAGCCCACUUCUCCUAAAUAACUAAGGAUUGGUCAAAUGCUGAGAAGAACUUUCUUUCUUAAUGAGGAUCAGUAACAGCAUAUGACGUAACUUAAUUUUUUUACAUUUUUCUCAAGAACGAAUUAUAAAAACAAGAUUCAAUCUGGUAAAUACUAAGAUUUAGAGGCACUUCUCGAAGGUGUUAUCAAUCGUCUCAUCUCAUGGAAAGAAAAUAAAUAAAUGCAUAGUUCACAAAAACUAUUCCUUUUAUGAGGUAUGAAGGCUAGGAAGCUCAUUAAACUCAUUCAACACAUACAUAACAAUAAUGGUUGUAAACAUGACGUGAUAUAAUAAAUAAAUAACACAUUUUCCUCAUUUUCUCUAACACUUGAGACAACAGAGUAUUGACUUAUAAGAGGGUUUAGGUCUUAUGAUACACACAUAAAUAACCUUUUAUAUCACAGAAACAAAAAUGAUUUACAAAAAGGGAAAUGUAGAAUUGUUGUAAACCUUUCUGUUGUAAUGAAAUGCGACUGGUUUGCAUCGAACUCAAUAAAAGUUUUUUUUCCAGA